AUGGCUUGGGAAAGUUCUUCAGAAGAACAUCAAAUGAAUUCAACCACUUCUCACCAUGCUAAUGUGAAUGUUGACAUGUCAGUGAUGAUUGGAAUGAGACAGUUCAAGAUCAUUGUAAACUUCAAAUUACACUGUUCCUCAAAUAAAAUGAGAAUCUAUACAUCUCAUAACACUCUUGUUCUUCCAGAUAAUUUCUGCAAUCCAUACGUCCUUGGAGCUGCAAAUCCGGAGCAGCUCUUUCUUCCUAUGGGGAGCGAUGCCAAUAUAACAGCAAGUGCCUACAACUUCUCCAGAUACCAGGCUCCAGCCUAUACUUCUGCAUGGCCACUGCCAUCACCCACAGCCUUCUCUUUCCACCCACACAUGGGGAGUGCCUACCUGUGCCAAUAUUCUACCACAACCGUGUGGGCAGGGCAGGCUGCACACAGCCACAUCUCCACCUCAGCUGCCUCCUAUUCCAGGAUUUGGGAAUGUGACAUGAUAGGCCACAACACUGUGACUCUCACUCACCAGAGCUCAGUGAUCUCUUUGUCAGCUUUGACCGGCCAGUACACAACAUGUGCACAGGCCAGAGCCAUAGUUUCUCCAUGUCCAUCACUGUCUCCCAGUCUGGUUCAGGGGACCCUGGCUCCUCCCAUAGGAAAUGAAGAGGAUAGUCUGUCCUCUACCUAUUGGGAAGGAAGCCAGACCUAUUGCUAUCAUCCCCACACACAUGGGCCCCUGUACUCUGGAGAACUUGGUCACUGCCUGCAGCCUCAUGGCUCUGUGUCCAACAUGGGGAGUAGGGCCUCUACCCCUCAAUCAGAUAUAGGGAUGGACCUCGAGGGUGUUCAUCCCAUCAAUGUUUUACCAUCGGUCUGCACCUUGGGAAUGUACGACUCAGAGACUGAUGAACCCGUCCAACACACAAAUGUUCCAGGAGAUGGAGGCGACCCUAGCAUGGAGGUAGUCUAUCCUCACAUUGUGUCAGCCAGUCAUUCAAGAGUAUGCCAAGGCAUGCAGGAAGAUCUUAUGCAAUUGAUAGUCGACACAACAACCCAACCCCAAAAUAUGGGAAGCCUCCAUGGGACCCUGCAAAAGAAGAACUCAAGUGUCAGCAACGGUCCCUCAGUUCAACGAGGAAAGAACAAGCAUGAAGCCCUUGAGCUUGCUGAUGAAGCUCCCAAGGCCAAAGUCCAGCGCCAGAACCCAGAGAAACACUUGGAGGAACAGGCAGUAGUGUGCACUCUCCCACCCAGUGCCACAGAAAAUCUAUGCAGGCCUUCUACCAACAAAUGUGCAAAACUACCACAUAGCAGCGUCAGCAAAAGUAAGACCCAGGGGCAGGAAAACAACACACGAGCUAGAGAAAAGAACAGGAAGAGAAUUGGAAUGACCAAACAGUCAGAGAACCAAGUGCAAACACAGAAGACAAGCACGACAAAGGAAAGACGCAAGAGAAACCAACCUGAGCCUUCCCAAGAGGCCUUGAGAAAGCCUCGAAGCCACCUAGCCAUGCACAUGAUGGAGUCAGUGCAGGUUUUUCACGCACUGGGUGACAAGAGUGGGAAGAAAUCUGGGCUGCCUACCUCCAGGGCCUUGGGAAAGGCCAAUUCCAAAGACAACAGAUUUUCAACAGCAACUCAAUCAAGGCUGCAUUCUAGAAAUCCUGAGAAAUUUCCAGUAAACAAAACAAAGAGGAGUGCAGAAAACCAGUGUCCCUCCCCAAGCCAGAGUGAGCUGCUGCCUCCACCUGGAAAGGUCAAGUUGGUGCCUUUGCCUUUUCUCUCCCCAGAGAAGCCUCCAGCUCGACCUGUUUUUCGCAGGCCACAGUCUCUGGCCUCCCGGAGACCCACUGGAGCUGCCCCUGCCCAGCCUCCUCCUAACACAGCCCAGCCUGUUCCAGUCAAUGCAGCCCAACCAGCUACUGACAACUCAUGUCUGAUAGCUCCAAUCAAACCACCUCGGCCUAUUUUCAGCAAUUCCACUCUGGGGGCAAUCAACCAUCCUCCCCAGUCUGCUCUUUCUAGGAGGCCUGCACCCUAUGAAACCUCAUCCUCCAUUUCUCUGUGGUACAAUCCCCUUUCCACUACUGGCACCAAGCUCAGCUCACUACCUAAGCUUCCACACCAAUAUCUCCUGCAAGACUUCAGCUUGCAACCCAUUCCAUGGAGGAAAUCCCAUGUUCCUGGCCCAGUAGAGUCAGAUCCCAUCAGCAAGAAGCAGAGGCCAGAGCGCGAAGCCAUGAAAAGGCGGGCUCAGCAAGAGCGUGACAAGGCUUCCAAAAACACCUUUGUGGGGAAAAUCCCAUUUUUCCACCAGAGACAAAUAGACAUGGAGAUUGCCCAAUACUAUGGCUACGCCAUAUAA